AACUUACUAUAAUAAGAGAUAGACUGAUUAGGAUAAUAUAUUGCUGCUAUGUAAAAUAGAAGCUUCAAACAUAAUAUUAUAUCAAUUAAAACGUUUACUCGGCGCGUUAUCUUUCAGUACAUGAGAAUGUCAUGAACACAGUGAAUGCUCGCCAAAAUAACAGCGUUGCAUACCAAUCGUGCAACAUCGGGUAUUUCCGUAUUCUCUGUAUAAUUUUGUUGCCUAGCAUGAAGGCCGAGGUGAUCAGAUUGCGUUGCAUACACGAGUUAAAGCAGAUAACGGCCUUGACAACAUCGUCGAACCUAACAGCAAGGUUGUAACGAAGACUGCGGAGAUAGCUUUGUUCCUAAGUACUUAAAUUCAAUACAAAACAAAUAAAUAUAAUUUUAUAGCAUUACAGGGCAUAAAUUCUAGUUUGUGGCAUAUUUUUAGAGAUCAAGUUAAAGUUUUAUUUAAAAAAGCGAAUUUAAGUUAAAAAGAAAUGAGUGCAACGAAGGGAUUAGUUGCAUUUCUGCUCGUAUUUAUUGUUGGCUUCGAUGUCCCGAAGGUUGAUUCACAAUUUGACAAUUCCAUGAUUUUAUCCAUUGUAAACGGGAUGCCUAUAAGAGACAAGUUACUGUUUCUAGCACAGGCACUCAUGGAUCACCCUUCAGUGUAUCAGGACCUUGAAGACACUCUUGUCGCAUUUUUACCUAUACGGGAAUAUGAUAAACCUCCUGAGUACUUCCUAGGAUAUAUUUUACCGUGGGUGCUUAACCAUCUUCCUGAUCUGCUGAAAAAUGAUACUUUUAAAGACGUCAUGAGAAUAUUCAUCACAGAACUAAAUGCACAUAACGCUACAGAUGACUGGCACUUGGGAUCCGGAAAUGCUACCUUAGAUAGGGUAGAUAGGGAUUAUUUUGUUGAACAUUUAUUUUCUGCGCUAGAUGUUGAUGGGAUGUUAGCGGAUAUUUUCCAGUUAAAGGGCGUCAGGGACUUUUUACAUCUUGAUACAACGGACGGACAAACAGACAAGAAAUGUUUCGAUAAAACGGUAACGUUUAUUCGAAGUCUGUUUGACAGAGAGAAUUCAACAUCUACAGCUAGUGCAACUAAAAAUGAAGAAAUGGUGUGUUUUUCCUGUGAAGACCUUUCGGACUUGUCACAUUGUGAAGCGGUAGAACGUUGCAAUGACAACCAGAUAUGUUUCUUGGAGAGGUAUCCGUCAGCAGAGGGUCAUCUUCAUUACAGAUCUGGAUGCAAAGAUAGACAGAUAUGCAAACAACACAAUCAGACAGAUGAUGGAAGAUCUACAUGUCUACAAUGCUGUGAAAACAGUUUCUGCAACUCUCAUGGUUGUGGUAGUAAAGGACUUCCACCACGAAAUUCACGUGGACCACUUUGCCUAGACUGCGCGCAUGUCAAAGAUCCGAAAGAAUGUGACCAAGUUACACUCUGUUCUUCGGGUGAGUCUUGUCACAUUCAAGAACUAAAAUGGGGCGAUGAUUCCCUGUUCCACCUUGGAUGUCAAAGCAUACAUCAAUGUUCAUUUGAGUUCAACACUCGGGCACACAGUUCAGGGUCUCUGGCGGCGAGAUCAGUACCAGUAUGUCGUUCCUGUUGUCAUGGCGACUUCUGUAACCAAAACUGCACGAGGCAACCGCAGGACAACCAACAAAUACUUAUUGGAUAAGUGUUCAAUGACGUCAUCACAACUUGCAAUUAUUAUUAAGUUUUGAUUAUGUCGAUUUCAAAAAUUAGGUAAUUCACAGAUACUUAAGGCUAGUAUUUCCUACUUAUUCAUUUAUAUCUAAAUAAAUUAUGUAGUAUACAUUGUUAUAAGGAAAGGUGCAAAUGAAUUGAAAUUUAAGAAAUCAUAAAUCUGCGUGUAAUUAAAUAUUUCUUCUGUUAAAAUCUUAUGUUUGUUUGUCUCUGUGCCUUAAACAUUUAUGUAGGCUUGACGUACAUGACUCUUUAAAGUGGCAUUAUGCGCAUCUAAUACUGCACAUAGUGUGUUUUGGGUGAGUGUUCUAUAAAAGCAAUUUUCGGUUGCUGUGCAUUUAGAUAUGUUAAAUUAACGAUUCUGUCACAUUAGUAUUUGAAGUUGAUGCUUUACAAAUAAAGA